CGAUGUACGGCAACAACCGCGGCCGGAACAACCAGUUUGGCAACAACGACCGGGGCGGCCGAGGUGGGCGCGGCCGUGGCGGGCGCAACAACAACUACUCGGGCGGCAACCGCUUCGCCCACUGCGAGAUCUGCACCUUCCACCUCGACGACCGCUGCCAGCGCGACAACUGCCGGGCGCCCCACUUCCUCAAGCGCCUGGGCAUGGCCAGCGGCCACAAUGGCACGGUGCGCGACGUCGCGCUCUGGGGCCAGCAGGCCUUCACGGCGUCGUCCGAUGGCACGCUGCGCCUAUGGGCGCUCGACUCGAUGAAGGAGGCCGCGGUCAUCCCGCAGUGCAAGAUUGAAAUCGACACGCUGCCUGUCGAGAAGAGCAAGAAGGUGACGGAAGGUGUCUCGAGCUUGCUCCUCGAGAGCCCGUUCCUCUUUGUGGGCUACGAAGAACAGACGCCGGCGAUCCCCGACGUGCCUGUCGGCAGGAUCCAGUGCUGGAACCUCGAGAACCCGUCGAUGCCGCCCAUGGAACUUGCGCAAAGCGCCGAGAUGCCCUUCGCCAUGUACCGCAACGUGACGUCGCUUGCGAUGGCCAAGCACCCGGCAACCGGCGCGCCCAUCAUCUUUAGCGGCGGCGCCGACGGCCGCAUCGCCUACUGGAUGUUUGACGCGGCGACCAACGCCUUUACGUGCGCGGGCGUCAUGGAAGGCCACGCGCUCGCAAUCACGCGCCUCAAGGUCGUCCAGCUCGGCGCGACGACUGCUCUGAUCUCGUCGUCGCGCGACCACACGAUUCGCAUCUGGGACGUGGCCACGUACAAGUGCGGCACGGUGCUCUCGCGAGCGACGGGCGGCCACGCCAACAUUGUGCUCGACAUUGAGAUCUGGGUCAGCAACGGCGAGCCGUUCCUCAUCAGCUCGGGCUACGACCAGCAGAUCAUCGUGUGGCAGCUCUCGCCGCCGUUCGCGGUCAUGUACACCGAGACGCUGGACUCGCCGGCGCUGGCACUCUGCACGACCACGGACGCGGUCGACGGCCCGCUCUUGCUCUUGGGCCACGACGAUGGUUCGAUUGUGAUCAAGGAGCUGCCGUCGUUCAAGUACAAGACGGUCUUUGGGAAGACCCAGACCAACGUCGGCCACACGGACGCGGUGCGGCGCAUCGUGCCAGGGCCAGCGCACACGUUCUUUACGACGUCGGGGGACCGCAAGAUGAUGGCGUGGCAGGUCACGGGCAAGAUUGCCGACAUCCAGAGCUAGUCAAUAGUCUUGUGGACGCCGUCGUAGCACUUUUCUAAUUCUAGUUCUCCUCUGCA